GAUGCUGUUUUGUCAAGGGUUGAUCGUGCUGAUACAACAUCGUCUUGUCCAGUAGUGCACCAUGGAGAAAACCACCCCAAAACUAGUGAUAUUAUUCAGUGGAAAACGAAAGUGUGGUAAAGAUUUCCUUUCCGAAGCGUUGCUCAAGAAGCUCGGCACGGACCGCGCCCAAAUUAUCCGCAUUUCGGAACCGAUCAAGCGACACUGGGCUGAAUCGAUGGGACUCGAUCUUGCGGAGCUUCUUAGCGACAGUGCGUACAAAGAGCACUAUCGGAAGCAGAUGAUCGAAUGGAGUGAAAAUCGGCGACGGGAGGAUUACGGUGUAUUCUGUCGAGCGGCCUGUAGCACCAUUGACCGGGACAUCUGCAUCGUUAGCGAUGUCCGGCGGAGGACGGACAUAAGGUUCUUUUUGGAGACAUUCGGCCCGGAACGUCUGCGUACGGUGCGGAUCGAGACGAGCCAGGACGUUCGUGUCAGUCGAGGGUGGCGAUUCGAAUCCGGAAUUGACGACGUGCAGUCAGAAUGCGAUCUGGAUGAGUACGAUCGGUGGGAUUUGCGGCUGCUGAAUGAUGGCGUUGCCGGGGUCGAUGAAAUGUUGCAGCGGUUGUAUUCAAUUGUCGAAGGAAUAGGUUCCCCAACGUAGGGAUUCACGAGCGGAAGGUGUUUUCCAAAUACUUACCAAUUAAGAGGGCACAAAGUUAAAAGCAGCUUACACUAACUUAUUUAUUUUAAUUAUGGGUGAUAUGGUUAAAGAAACUUUCCAAUAAAAGAACAAUCGAUUUCAUUUGAAAGAGCUAUA